ACUGCCCGAUGACGAGGACGGCAGUUCCUGUCCACCUGUCGGCUACGACAAACGCCGGUGCACCGAUACCGUGGUCGCGGCGAGUAACCGCACGUGGUCAUUAGCGCGCGCGCGCCGCACUCGAGCAUACACGCGCGACACUUGUCGUGUACGAUAAUAUAAUAACUGUUAAAUACGCGCUUUGCGAUCCGAUCGAUUUCGUACGUAAUAAUAAUAAUUAUAUCGUAUAAAUCGCAACUUAAACGCAGGCUGCAAGCGCAUUAUCGUCGUCGCUGAUCGAUAUCGCUUUAUUAUAAACGCGGCGAGUUCACCCCCCCGUGAGAGGCGAUCUUUUUUUUUUUUUCUCGCUCCCGCGAAAAUCACAGCUAUAAAUCGACUACACGUAAUUGCACGACGAUAAAAAAAGAAAAAAAUAACAGUAAAAAAUACAUAAUAUACAUUUAUCGUAAUCCGUCCCGCGGGAUAUACCCAUAACGCGAUCCUUGCCGUGCCGAACUCGACGACGCAUCAUGCGGUGUCGUACCGCUGCCGUAGCAGCCGUCGGUGCCGCCGCGGCCGUUUUCUUGGCUCUGAUCGGCGCCGCCGACGCGGGCAGCUGCCUCGAAGCCAAGCUCUGCUGUCCGGGCCGCGACUCGGCGUGCGUCGUCCAGAAGACGCCCAUCAACGCCAUCAUCGAGGAUCCCACGGACAAGCCGUGCUACUGCGACCACGCGUGCCUCAAGCUCGGCGACUGUUGCACCGAUUUUAAACCCGCUUGCGGAGUGAUUGAUUGUGUGAUGUCAGAAUGGGAAUCAUGGAGUGAAUGUGAUACGGAAUGUGGAAAUGGCAUGAUGACAAGAAAAAGACAAGUGAUAAAGACACCAGUAAAUGGUGGAAAACAUUGUCCUUCGAUGGUGCAGAAAAGGGCAUGCAUGGGAACUAGGUGUCCAAAUUAUCCUGGGAGUGCAUUAAAAGAAACUGCCAUGUUGCUGCCUGCGUCUUUGGCAUCCAACCGUUUGAGUAAUGAGUCCCAAGAUAUACGUCACAACUUAAAGUACCGCUUGUCAAAAGAACCAGUCGAUUUAGAUUCAAAGGAGUACUGUGUUCUUUUCGAGGUGAUGAAAGCGACCAAGGCCUGUAGAAAAGUGUCCGAAUACUCUUUGCUUAGAGAAGGUGAACGUGUAUGUGUGCGCUGUGACACACAGGUGAUGCGUCAGUCGCUUGGGUUCCGGUGCCCGGGCCAUGGGACAAUGGAUCGGGCGACGAGAUGGACUGUACUGUCGGCGCCCCAUUGUCAUGGCAAAUGGGUUCGUCUCGAGUCGGCUGGACAGCAGGACGGACACUCGUGUCCGAUGUGUAAAAAAGGAGCGCAGUUCGUAUUCGUAUAAGCCGCUGCUCACUAAGUAUAAAAUAUAUUAUACGAAAACCCCUUUGAUUUUUUUAUAUACAAAUAUAUGUAUACCUACUACACUCACCCGGUCAGUCUUCUUCCUCACUUUGACUACCCUACACCACUUCCACAGCAAAUUCGGAUACACGCCGUUGUGCAGCCAUAUAUAAAUACGUAUACGUAUAUGUAUAGGUAUACUUGUCUUUAUACUUUAUACGUUUUCUUGAAAAGAAUAAUUUACAACAAAAUAAUAAAAUUAGUAUAACAACAAUAAUACUACUUUUUAAGACCGUUUUAUGUUUAAGUAGGUACCGAGUGAUCCGUUAAAAUGUAGUGCUUCACUUCUUCAUUACGAAUAAAUCUACAUUUGUGUGCCUAUUCCUUUCUCCAAAAAAAGGAUUUGUUAGGUUUUUUAAAUUUUAAAUUCGAACUCUGAAUAAACAUGGUUUUUUUUAAUAAACGUUUAAAAUCUUGUAGUUGAGUUAACUAUAACUUUUACUAGAUUCUAUAACAUUUUACCAAUUUAUUUAAUGCAAAUGCUUAUCAACAUUCGAUAUUUACACAUAAUCGUUUUUGAAAAGCAUUUUGCUUCUAAAAAUUGUAAUUAUGUAAAAAUACAAUUCGUAAUUAACAUAGGUAAUUAAAAACUUUUAAAAAGUCUACAAAAAAAAAAUAAUGAAAAAUUAGAUUUAUGGGAAAAUUUAAUGUUAUACUUAUAAUAGGUAAUACAUCAAAUUAUUAAAAAAUAAUUAAAUUUUUUCAAUAACACAAAAAUAUACAGCGUAUUCAUUUAAAUGGAUCACUCCUCGUAUUAUAUUAUAUUAUUAUUUAUUAUACAUUAUAUGUAUACGUAACAAAUACGAUGUACAUUGUACAUAUUAUGACGUGUGUGUAUUCCGGGCAAAUACAUCCUUACAUUUUGUCGAUUGCUAUAAUUAUUACUCGUACAUAUCCUUGACGUCGGGUGUUUUAAUAUUGUCAUUAUAAGUUAAUACCUAUUAUAAUUUUUGAUAUUCUAUAAUUUCCGUCAACCUCUCUCCACCCAUGAAUUAUUUAUACUUCCAAUAUUAUAUUGUUAUUUUGCAUACGAAAUUAAAUGCUGUAUAUGACUAUUUUUGUUUUACUAUAGUAUAAUACCUAGUUGUUAACGAAUCUACACGUUCCACUCAUAAAAUUUGUAAAUAUAAAUUAUAACAUAAUAAUAGUAAUUAUAUAAGUUUAAUUAUGAAUCCAACUUAAUUUAAUAACUAUAUAUCAUUAAUUAUACAUUAGAUAUUAAUUAAAUGUAGUACAUUUUUAUUUUCUGCUUUUUUCAUUAGGUAUUAUUAUUUAAUUAUUAAUACACGCAUACAUUAUUAGCUUUUAUUUUU